AGCAGGCGGUGCGAUUCCCUGAAGAACACAGGAAACACCCGUUGAAUUUUGGGAAGGGAAGAAUGAAUGUCGAGUUUCCUCACAGAAAUACCGUAUUAUCAUUAUCGUCUAUUAAAUCAUAAAUUCAGUUAAGCUAUAAUCAUACUGCUCAUCCCGCUCUAGUGUAUUUGAUAAAAACAAGUGAACAAAGAUGCUGAUUAAAGUGAAGACACUCACAGGAAAAGAGAUAGAGAUUGACAUAGAGCCAACAGAUAAGGUGGAGCGGAUUAAAGAAAGGGUGGAGGAAAAAGAAGGGAUCCCUCCGCAGCAGCAGAGGUUGAUCUACAGUGGAAAACAGAUGAACGAUGAGAAAACAGCGGCAGACUAUAAAAUCCAGGGAGGCUCUGUUCUCCAUCUGGUACUUGCUCUGCGAGGAGGACAGCUGCUCCGCUUUCCCAGAAUUCUAUACUCCAAGCCUGCGUUGUAGUCGUCACUUGGAAACGUGCCCUAGCUUUUUGCGAUGCCUACACUGAAGCGGAUACACCGAAGACACGCAGCCAUGUGUUGCGGAGUCACCUGGCGGCAUUGUAGGCAACACAGAGCCAUUGGUAGGAAGAUUUAGAUCAGUUUCUACUCGUGGCUGCCACGUCCCUACAACCAAAAAUGUGUUGGCUGCAAACACUUCCCCCACUGUAGCAUUGCCAUGGUGAGACACUCCACAUGUUCAUGCUGCCCUGGCAGAAAAACGCAAAGUUACUUUCAGAUUUAAACAAAGCUUUGGCUAAAGAUUUACAACCCAGAGCUAAUUUAACCACUACAAGAAACUGUACUGUACAGCGUUCUCUGUCUGCACGGAAGCAUCUAUCUUUGUACCACUGAUGAUAAAACAGAGAUAACUGUAGCUUAACGAUCCAUCCCUGGUUUACAGUCUUUGCUAGAGUGUGACACAAACUAAGGUUUACUUUUUCUGCUUCAUCCACGUUUUAUUAAGUUCUAUACAAAUUGCCCAAACUCACUUCUUAUAAUUAUCUGAGGCUACUGGGAGUAUGAACAUAUAUAAAGUAUUUUUUCUUGUGAAGCACCCAUGUAGCUUCGUUAGAUUAGUGAAAUAUGGACAACAGCGUACUUUAAAGGAAUAGUUCGACAUUUUGGGAAAUCCAUAUAAUGACUUUCUGGCUGAAAGUUAGAUGAUCUUAAUUCACCGGCAGAAAGCAAAUAAGAUCAUUUCCCUAAAUGUUGAACUAUUCCUAUGAGGGAAGAAGUAAAGGACAUGUUGUUUUGUCAGGAAAACCUCCCUCUAAUUCUAAAUCAUGUACCGCAGAGUCCAUUUUCAGUAGGAUAAUGUUUUAGAUAAUUUCAAAUGAUUUUGAAUUUGUUCCGAGCAGUUUCGUGUUUUAGUGUCGAUUUGCACAUUUUACUCUCGCAAAAAGACGAAGGAACGUGCCAACUAUGGUCUCGUCCAACAAUGGCCUCAGUUUACAUGGAUAUUGUUAGUUUUGUUUGAGUGUUCAGAGAAGCAACGUUUUUGUUUUUUGGAACUGCUGUGUCAGCACCAUAUGGCCCCACUCAGUCAGAAUCGUGUGACAUGGACCUAUGCUGUGGAUUAGUUUGUCAGUAAAAUAAACUUGCAGUAAAGCAAAAAAAAAAAAAAAAGUCUCACCUU